AUGAGAGUGCCAAAAGUGUUGAAAUCGGUCAGGUAUUCUUUAGUGGCAGUGAAUAGUUUGUUUUUGAUAACAGGAGUCAUCCUCCUCAUAACUGGGUUAGUUGUUCUAUCGAAGUUUAAUGUCUAUGACAUUUUUGUGACUACAAAGUUCUUCACUGUCCCUAACUUCGCAAUCGCGACAGCCGCUAUAAUAUUCGCGACGUCCAUCCUCGGAUAUUAUGGAGCUAUAUCAGAACAAUUCUACUUUAUAGCUGCAUAUGUCGUAUUACUUGUAAUAAUAUUAAUUUUUGAAAUAACAAUCACCGUCUUGGGAUUCCAAUUGCAAAACAAAGUGUCCAGGGAAAUACAAAGGCCCAUGUCACAAAGUAUAGAUCAGUAUGGACUCAACAUGAACGUCAAUGUAGCUUGGGAUAACCUGCAAAUGGGGUUCCAAUGCUGCGGUGUCACUGGGGAACAAAACUGGCCUUUCAAUAGAUUGCCAGUGACGUGUUGCCACAUGAAUCCCGGGACUGUGUCACCGUUCAACUGUACGUCAGCCCUGACAUACCAAACCGGAUGCCAGAGUGUAUUGAGCCAGUCGUUAGCAAACAAUGCUUAUUCCAUCGGCGUGACUGCUGCUUUUGUCACGUGUUUGCAGGCUCUAAUAACAGGCGCAGCUGGAUGGCUGGCAUACAGAUCCAAAUUUGAGGAAGUAGAACUUGAGCGAUAA